CCUACCCCAGCCUUUUUCCUGCAUCCGGGCUUGGAGAGGCCGCUGUGAAGAUCAGCGAGCAGCAUGGAGGUUUCCGGCGAAUCCCAGUCCGGCCCAAGCUGUUCGUCUUCCUCCCGAGAUGGCUCCGGGGUCUCGGUCUCCAAGGAGUUGCUGAUGGCGGGGAGCGGCGGCCGCGGAGGUAUAUGGGACAGGUUGCUCAUCAACUCCAAGCCUAAUUCCAGAAAGAAUUCUACUCUUCAAACAGUUCGGAUAGAGAGGAGUCCCUUAUUGGACCAAGUACGGACCUUUCUCCCACAGAUGGCUCAGGCAAACGAAAAGCUAAGAAAAGAAAUGGCAGCUGCACCACCUGGUCAUUUCAAUAUUGAAAAUACUGAUGAGACUCUUGGACAAGUUAUUCAAAUGGACGUGGCCUUGUUUGAGAUGAAUCAGUCUCAUUCGAAAGAAGAGGACAGUUCGGAAGAGAAUUCACAAGACAGUUCAGAGGAAAGUUCAGAACCUGAGGAUGAAGACGACAGCACCUCUUCCGAAGGGGAAGUCACCAUAGAUAAUAUUAAGCUUCCUCAUUCAGAAGACGGAAAAGGCAAGAUAGAGGUUCUGGACAGUCCUGCUAGUGAAAACAAAGAAAAACAGGGAAAUAAGUGAUCUGAGAAACAGGUGAUAGAUGCCUGCUAAUUAAAUGGCAACCCACUCCAGUAUUCUUGCCUGGAGAAUCCCAUGGACGGAGGAGCCUGGUAGGCUAGUCCACGGGGUCGCAAAGAGUCGGACAUGACUGAGCAACUUCAUUUCACUUGACUUCAAUUCUAUGGAAAAGAGUGUGACUCACUAGUUGUUUUGCCUUUCAGAUACCUAUGGUGCUUUUUUGCAAUAUUGAAUAUAUUUUGUUUCAUGGAGAAACAGAAGCUGGCUUUUAAAGAGCUGGAAGAGAUAGCAUUUGGGUAUCCUCUAAGAGCACACUGUAUUUGAUUUCAUGCUAAAGAAAUUGCGUUUAGAAAGCUUAAUUUUAUGUAUGGUAAUGAGUGAGUUUGUUGGCAUCCUUCAUAGCAUAGACUUCAGAAAUCUCAAACUUAUUUUAAGGUAAAAAUACAUGUCACCUGUUUGUUUUUACUUUAAAUUGUCCACUUGGAUAAAACAACCUAGGUUGGUUUUUUUUUUUUUAAGUUGUUAUAAAGUCAGACUUAUUUAUUAUCAAAAUGGGGUCAAUGAGGGAGAAAUCUUUUAAAGAAGUUUUUUACAAAGAAAAUAAUUACUUACAUUUAGCCACCCUCAGACAUACCUACUUUCAUUAAAAAAAAAAAAUUCCUUUCCAAUUUGAGCGGGAAAACUGGUGUUCUGAUUUAAUCACUGGUUUAAACUGGAUUAAACUGGUUUAAUCACUGUCUAUGACUCUGUAGCCCCUUAUUACAUACUAAUAUGUAGAAUUUUUAUAUUUCUCCCUUGCCAUGGCUGUCUCAUAUAAUACAAUUAGGUGUGCUAUACAGGUAAAGAAGUCAUCUAAGUUCAGUUCUCUGAAUUGUAUGUAGAAUUUACGUUUUUGGUUUUGUUUUUCUUUUUCUCAUAAAGCAAUGUUUUUGUUUGUUUCAACUAUUGAAAUUAUUCAUCACAGUUGCCCAGUUUUGAAAUCUGUUCAUUGUAGAGAAUAGGGACACCCCAAGAAAAAUAGGGCACAGUACAUAAAAAGAUAGUAAUUGGUUUUCUCUUUCAAAAGACAAAAUGAUCCUACUUUGGGGUCUCCUUUCUGCCUUAUUCUUGACCUUAUUAAACUUGUUUGGGUUCUUAUUUGCCAUAGAACUGGAUUUGCUCAGGAUGUAAACUAGAGAAUUUAGAGGAGUGUCUCCAAGUGCAUUGAGCUGAUGGGACUUUGUUCCCUAAUGUUUUAGGGGUUUUUUUUAAACUGUUUUUUUCUUACUCCUCACCUUUUCCUUAUGAAUACUCUGAAGAUUAUUCUCAAGGUUCUUUCUGGUAUUUCCCAUUGGAAAUUGGAACCCAGGCUGUGCCUUAAAAGUAUGCAGAGUGAACAGAUCUGGAAACCAGAUUUCUCAGCUAGAAAAGAUACUAUGUUAUGCCUGGUAGCACCAAACACAGCUGUGAUGAAUUAUUGGUGUAAAUAUGUAUUUAAAUAAAUUAACAAAUAUUUAAAUAA